UGAAAAGACAGGAGGAGAGUGUGUUAAAUAAGUGCAGUGCAGAGUUUGCGUGUCAGUUUUCCAGCUGUAUCCCAAAUGAAAUCCCACAAACUACCUCCUUUAAGCGGUGCGAUGCCCGUCCAACACCUCAUUCCUAUCCCCUUCCUCACACUCAUAUAUAUAUUAAACACUCUUCGUCUUCUUUCUCUAGUUUCAUCACCAGAAUAAUUAAUCUUUUGAUGUUUUGAUAAAAAUGGCGAUGACAACCACUCUUUGUAAGAAAAUGGAUAUGGAUCGGAUCAAGGGUCCAUGGAGUCCUGAAGAGGACGAGCUUUUACAGCAGCUGGUGCAAAGCCUUGGACCCAGAAACUGGUCCUUGAUUAGCAAGUCCAUACCCAGGAGAUCAGGGAAAAGUUGUCGGUUGAGAUGGUGCAACCAGCUUUCGCCUCAGGUGGAGCACCGGGCCUUUACUUCUGAGGAGGACCAGACGAUCAUCCGGGCCCAUGCUAAGUUUGGUAACAAAUGGGCCACCAUAGCCCGGCUCCUUUCUGGUCGGACUGAUAACGCGAUCAAGAAUCACUGGAACUCGACCUUGAAAAGGAAGUGCUCUUCUAUGAGUUCUGAAGAAGGAAAUAAUGAGUUUAUGAAUUAUAACCAGCAGCCUUUGAAGAGAUCCGUGAGUGCCGGGUCAGGUGUUCGUAUUUACUUGAAUCCUUGUAGCCCAUCCGGGUCGGAUGCCAGUGAGUCAAGUUUACCGGUAAUGUCGGCUUCUCGCGUUUUUAAACCGCUGGCGAGAGCCGGCGUCGCUUUCCCAUCUCCGGUCGAAACCGGGUCAUCGAGUAACGAUCCUCCGACUUCUCUAAGCUUGUCGCUCCCUGGAGUUGACUCGUUGCGGUCACUGAAUUCCAAGCCUGAGUCAAUUCAGUCAAAAAAUUCCCUCCAGCUUCUCUCAGUCCCACCACCUUUCUUGCCCGCCUUACCGCCUCCGCCUCCGCCUCCACCUGCUCCAGCAGCAUUGCCACAGGCUAAAACUGCUACUGCAAUCCAACCACAAACUCCAACUUAUCGAAAGACGGCACCUGGAUCAAUUUCUAAGGCGGCACGACCUCUAUCACCGCUGGUGCAGAUUCAACAACAGCAAGAUAAGGUUUUUGUGCCAUUUACAGAAGAGUUGAUGUCGGUGAUGCAGGGCAUGAUAAGAGCAGAGGUUAGAAAUUACAUGAUGGGGCUAGAACAGAAAAAGCAGCAACAGCAGCAGCAAUAUUUCCAACAGCAACAGCAGCAACAGAUUGGGAUGUGCAUGCAGCAAGCAAAUGCAAAUGCAAAUGCAAAUGCAGAUAAAGGAUUUAGGAAUGCAGCCAUGAAUCGCAUUGGAAUCGGUAGAGUUGAUUAGCUUAGUUUCGGAGAGGAGAAAGAAACUAUCUCUGUUUCUUAUUAGCGAAUAUUUCCAGAAAAUAAUUUUGGUCAGUGUACAGUAAGAAUCAAAAAAAUGGGUAGAAAAAUAGUUGUUGAAAGAUGCGAGAAAGGAAAAAGUUUGGAUCUUUUCUAUCCAUCCCAUUCUGAGAGAACUCUUUAGGAAAAUGAGAUUAUAUAUAUAUAUAUCAAGCCUAAGUUCAUUUCCCGUGUUUAGUUUUUCUAAGUUACAUUUAACAAAAUUAAA